AUGGCACUCCUCCAACAUCUACUCCACGUGACAAACUUCCGCAGCCCGCUGAUGCGGACGCUCGUCCCCAGUGUGGGCGCUGCUUUUGCCAUUCAGGCCGCGUUUGCCAUACCGUCUGUAUACUACCAGACGGAGCGCUUCUAUGACGCCUCGGGCGCGCUCACCUUUCUCUCCGUCACCCUGCUCAGCCUGUACCUCCCGCAUCUGCGCACGCGCGCCGCCGCCGCCGUCCGCGGCACCGACGUCAAGCUGCCUAGCCUCUUGUCAGCGUUUGUGGGAGGAGGCAGCGCCGGAGCCUUUAAUUGGCGCCAAAUUGCUCUGAGUGCUGCCGUGGCCUUUUGGAGUAUUCGUUUGGGGUCCUACCUCUUUCAGCGCGUGCUCAAGGAGGGCAAAGACUCACGAUUCGACGAUAUCCGGGGCUCGGCGGCCAAGUUCUCGGCGGCAUGGACGGGCCAGGCCGUCUGGGUCUCGCUGUGUCUGCUGCCCGUGAUUGCCGUCAACGCUAUCCCGCCGGCCGCUUUUGCUGCCGUGGGCUCGGCCAUUGGCCCUUUCCGGCCCGCAGAUGUGCUUGGUUUGGCCUUGUAUCUUGGCGGCUUUGCCUUUGAGAUUACGGCGGAUCGUCAAAAGAGCCAGUGGAUGCACGAGAAGCGUACCAAGCAGCAUGAUGAGGCCUUUUUGACACGUGGGCUUUGGAGCAAGAGUCAAUACCCAAACUAUUUCGGAGAGACGACCCUCUGGACCGGCAUUGCCACGGCUGCCGCUGGUAUUCUCAUCACCUCUCCCGUACAGGUCGGCCUAGGCUUGAGCGGUGGUAUUGGUGGACAGCUUGUUGCGCUGGGUCUUUCGUAUGUUAGCCCUGCCUUUGUCACGCUACUCCUGACCAAGGUGUCUGGUAUCCCCAUGAGCGAGAAGAAGUAUGACCAGAGGUACGGUGACCGCAAGGACUAUCAGGAGUGGAAGAAGAACACGCCCAAGUAUAUCCCCAAGUUGUGGUAA